AUGUCUACCAAACACUUUUUGCCAAAAGACCCAUUUGCAACCAUCAAUUUGGCCCUUGAGGGAGCAGUUUACGAAAACCCUAACCUCUCCUUACUGGCCAAAGAGAGGGUCCUAUACAAUAACAGUUUUGAUUCUAACAAAGUCGCCUUGAUUUCUGGAGGUGGCUCAGGCCACGAACCUGGCUGGUACGGUUUCGUUGCUGACGGAAUGUUGGCAGCCUCUGUCCAGGGAGAAAUCUUCGCUUCUCCAAACUACAGAAACAUUCAGGCCGCCGAAAAGGUGGUCCAUUCCAAAGCAGGAACUAUUUUCCUAAUCACCAACUACACCGGAGACAACCUGUACUUUGGUAUGGCUUCUCAGGAGCUGGUCCGUAAAUAUGGUGAGGAUAAAAUCAGAAUUCUGAGAACCUCGGAUGAUGUUGCCGUUCCUAGAUCCAAGAGUGACAGAGUUGGAAGAAGAACUUUGAGUGGUAUAACUUUGAUGGUCAAAGUCUUGGGUGCAUGUGCUGACGAGCUAAAUGACAUUUCAACCGUGUUUGAUCUUGGCAACAGCGUCAACCCAAACAUUGCUUCCAUUAAUGCUGGAUUAGAUCACGUGCAUAUCCCUACUCAUGACAAGACUACUGAUUGGGGUCAAUUGAAGCCUAAUGAGCUGGAGCUGGGCUUGGGUGUCCACAAUGAGCCGGGUGUUAAGAAAUUGCAACAGAUCCCGUCUAACGAGGAACUGAUUAAAAUCAUGCUGAAGUAUCUUUUGGACACUACUGAUCCCGAGAGAGGAUACUUCAAGUACGACAAGGGUGACAAGAUUGUCUUGCAACUCAACAACUUAGGUGGCGUUUCGCAUUUUGAAAUGCUUGCUUUAAUGACUGAGACUUUGCACCAGUUGAAAGAUGAUUAUGGAAUCGAGGUCAGCAGAGUGUACCAUGGCCAUUUUGUUACCAGUUUCAACGCUCAAAUCUUUACUUUGACCUUAUUCAAUGUCACAAAGUCUGCUACCAAAAAGUUUUCUGUUGAAAAAUUGUUUGAGUACCUUGAUAAACCAGUUAAGGGCACUAACUGGCCUGCUAAUUAUUACCAGUCGCCAAGUCCAAUUGAUGUCUCUUCAAGAAUUGACAAUAACUUCAAGCAUUAUGAUGAGGACUCGUCAGCGCGGAAGGUGGAGAAACAAGGAGAUGUUAAAGUCAACCCUGAAACAUUGAACACUAUUAUAAGAACAGCCGUCCAGAACAUCAUUGAAAAAGAACCAGAACUGACCAUCUGGGACACCAAGAUGGGAGAUGGUGACUGUGGAGAGGGCCUUAAAAUUGGGGUGGAGGCCAUUUUGGACACUUUAGAAAACACAAAAUUCACCUCUAGUGGCUCGUUAAUUUUGACCUUGAACACUCUGCUGAAAGUGAUCAAGGACUCCAUGGGAGGAACUCUGGGGGCUAUCUUAUACAUUUUCUUACAAGGUCUUACCAAUAAGCUUGAGCUUAUCUUGGAGUCAUCUCCAAAAGACGAUCUUCCAGAUUUAUUUGCUGAGGCUCUGGACUAUGCAAUUGAAAACCUCUGCAACUAUACCAAGGCAAGAGAAGGAGACCGCACUGUGAUGGAUGUGCUGAUUCCAUUCUGCAGAGACUUUUCAAAAUCUAGAAAUAUUGACCAAUCCAUCAAGGUUGCACUUGAUUCCGCAGAGGGAACCAGAAAAAUCAGACCAAAGCUUGGUAGAGCCAGUUACGUUGGAAUUGAUGAUAAUGAGACGGACUUUCCUCCUGAUCCUGGAGCCUAUGGUGUUUAUGAGAUCAUCUCAGCUCUCAACAAACUAUGA